AUGAGGAUCAAUGCUUUGUCCCUUGGGGUGGCCUUGGUCUAUCUCGGCACAGUAGCGUCCACUCUAUCAGUUGACAGAGCACCGCCGCAGUUACCGACCAAGAAACGUCCACGCGGAUGCGAUUGCUACACGAUCUCCGGACCCGAUCCGGGAUACUUCCAGCACUACAAGGUGUGGGACUUCCGGGCUGUGGAUUUGAAGAAACAUGCCAAUCUCAAUCUGUCAGAGCCCAUUGACUAUGGCGACGAGGACUGGGAUGAUGAUGCUGAGGGCAAUGACCAAGAUCUGCAAAAUGAGCCCGUCUCGCCCGGGAUCCAUGAUGAGAAGGACUCGGAGCUCAGAUCACUGACGUUUUACAAAACCUCCUUCGAGAGAGACUGGAGCAGUCAGAACUGGGAACGCCGAAGCACCCCCGUAGCCCCGGUCCUCAUGGUAAAUUCCAAGCACAACGUCUUUUUCACCCACGACUCUGACGAAGAUGAUCCCCGUGCGACGUAUCUUGUCCUGCGCACCACCCGCUUCUCAGAAUACACCUCCACCGCGGAGAUCGAGACUCGCAUACGCAAUAUCUACCGGUGCUCGCUGCGUGUCAGGCUGCGUUUAUUGCCAGAGAGCUCCGUCGUGUCGCAACCCCCUCUGCAUCAAGAAUGGCCGCCGCGAGAUCCAAAACGACAUCGCGUCGCCCCCUUUAACAACGGGACGAUUCCGCUGCAUGGGGACAGGCCACCUAGCGGUGCUUGUGCUGGCAUCUUCACCUAUCAUGACUCAACCUGCGAAUCGGACAUUGAAAUUCUGACGCGGGACCCGUCCCAUCGUGUGCACUAUGCCAAUCAGCCCGAUUACGAUUUUGACGCUGAUCGGGAGAUCCCCGGUGCGAGUACCAUUGCCGAAGUACCUGUCCCAUGGACAAGGUGGUCCACGCAUCGCCUAGACUGGCUCUCGGACAUGUCACGGUGGUAUGUCAACGACGAGAUGCAGGAUGCCAAAUCGUACGGGGUUCCUGACUUAGAGAGCAUGGUUAUUCUCAAUCUUUGGAGUAACGGCGGACUCUGGACGGGCGACAUGAGAAUAGGCGAUAGUAUAUACCUGGGCAUCGAAUACAUCGAGCUGAUUUACAACCGUUCUUCCGAUGUUUUCAGAGGACCUUAUGGGCCUCUGUCGCAGAACCAUGGCGGCCACCAAAGGAUGCUUCUAACAAAUGGUUCUGGCAAUGGCCCAUUGGAGCCGGAUAAGAAGGAAGAAAAGUGCAAGCCAGGUAGGCAGGGCCGCGAGUGCAGAAGAAACAAGUGGAGAAACAGGCCUCUUCAUCGAUUUUGUCGGAGGCCAUGCAACAUUGAUGAACUUUAG